AUGGCCACCCGCAACGGCCGCUCCGGCCCCCGCCCCCCGGCCCUCGGCCCCUCGGCCCUCGGCCCCUUCCCCCGCCACAUCUGGAUCCACCAGGACGCGCCUCGGGACGGGCUGGACGCGGCCUGCCACCGCAUCUGGAAGAGGGUCCAGGGGCUGCCCGAGGACCCUCCCCCGGCCCGGGCCCCGCCGACCCCCGCCCUGCCCGACCUGGGGGGGCUCAGGCUUCGGGGCGGCCUGCAGGAAGAAUCUCUGGAACUGACCUGUGGCAAAGACGAAAUCUCCCUUCUGGUGGAGCAGGAGUACUUGAAUCUCGCCAAAGAGAACUUAAACCUCAGGAAGGACAGCACCGGAGACCCGGGAGGCCUCGACCUCUCUCUGGAUCGAGGCCUGAGACCAGCCUUCACCCGUCCCCGGCUGCCCCUGGCACUCGUCAGCCCGCCCCCCUCUCCCCUGAAUGGGGAGCUCCUGGUGGAGGAGAAGGAGGCCCUGGGACAGACGGCCCGGCCCAUCAGUGCCGGGAGGGAGCAGGAGUCCCGGACCAGGCCAUCCCAUGCCGAUGGCAAGUCCCCCAUCGGGGACAUCGCACUCGUGGGUGAUCGCCAAAGCCUCAAGGGGCCGGAGGACAAAGGCGCGCCGCGACCAGCCUCCGACCCCAACCCCAACCCUGGCGAGUUUCCCCUCCUGCGUCUCGAGGCUCCCAAGGCCCCAGGCGGCAGCAGCAUUGUGCCGGAGGAGGCCCGGAUCAUCGGGGACUUCCUGCAGGACAGCCUGUUCGGCCAGUUCGGGUCAGCAGCAGGGAAGGCCGCGGCCAGGAGCCGGGCCCGGAAGAAGCAGCUCCCAGUCUUCGCCAAGAUCUGUGCCAAGACGGAGGGCGGCUCGACGGAGGACGGCCUGCUGACGGAAACGGAUGAGAGGGCGAAGGAGUCGGACCAGGCCAAAGACGAUGACACUCUCAGCCGGUGGUCCCUGUGCCGAAAGGACUUGGGCAAGGAAGACCGCCCGAGCAUCGGCAAGUCCGGCAACGGGCUGGUGUCACUGCCCUCCAAAAAGCUACCCUGGGCCUCAGAGAAGAACCUCCUCUAUGAGUUCCUCAGGACCACCAAGAACACCGACGGGCAGCUGAUGUUCCGGACGAAAGCCGGCCUGGACGGCCUGGACCUGAAGAUAAAUGGUCCUCCGGCAGUAGGGGCGGCGGGGGCAGCGGGGGUGGCACUGGACAAGAACCCCUCCAAGUUCCCCGGGAACAUCUCCUCCCCGCAGCGCUUCCCUUCAUCACUGGCCUCUCCCUCGCUCAACCAGCCCCUCUGGCUCAAUCUGAACUACCCGCCGGCCCCCAUCUUCCCGACGCCAUCCACCUUUCCACAGUACCAGGGCCUGUACCAGCAUAGAUCCCGGAUCCCCUUCCAACAGUCUAGGAUGCUUCUCCCCCAGCUCGGCUGCUUCUCCAGACAGGUGACACCAUACAGCCCUCCACAGAUGGGACAUCAGCUUUUCCGCUCUUCCUACCCCACUUUGCUCAGCUACAUCCCUCUCAUACAGCCCGGCUACUCAUACCCGCAGAGGCCCCCCACCAAGCUGCCCAGCAGCCCCCGGGACCCUCCACCCAUGGGAGGGGACGGGCCGCAGUAUCUCUUCUCUCAGACAUUUGGAUUCAGUUCCACGACCAGCGGGCCUCUGAUGAACAGCCCCUACUUUUCCUCCAGUGGAAAUGGGGUCAACUUCUAGGUCGGGGUCACUGCCCAGGCCUCCUCCGGACUCCAACAUGAUUCUGUUGGUUUGGAGUGCUCAUGGAUUUCCCCCACGCCUGCCCCGCCUGCCCAACUCUGGCUCUGAGGAAACUCCGCGGAGGCUGAGAACAGAAGAUGAAAUCCAGUCACCUUCUCACCUGCCCACUCCCGUGCCCUAACUUCCUCCCUCCCACCCACCCUCCCGCCCGAGAAGAAGAGUUUUAUUGCACUUACAGGAAUAUCUUGUUGUUAUUGUUGUUGUUGGUAAAAUAGAAAUAAGACAAAAAGAAUAAAAACAAAGGUUGUAUUCACGGUGAAGAUCUCA